UGACAUUUCACUAAAGUCAAAAUAUUGUUUUGGAGGUCAAUGCAAGAAAAUUUCUGCUUUUUCACCCGUGUUUUCCAUUUAUCAGUCACGUUGUGUGCGAUAGAUGGAUACAUCGUCCGGAGGUGUAGGUGCCUCCGAACCUCGUCACCAUGAGCCAGUUCCAGAACCGGACAUGAUGGAUGUUGUCCUCUCUGCAGAAGGAGUACAGACAGAAGUAGAGUUGCCUGGAUGCCACAACUGCACAGUCUUACAGAAGGAGCUUGAAGACUGCAAAAGGGACAGAGCAUUCUUUGUAGAUAUCAAGAGAAAGAUGAUAUUGACAGACACACUUAUCCAGAAACACCAGAGCAAAUGUCAAGCAUUCGAAGAGCAACAGAAGAGCAUUCAAAAUCUGACUGCGAGAUUAGCUCAAUCCAAGAGGGAUUGUAAAGUGUUGGAGGAGCAGCUCGCCACAACCUUGAAAGACAUUAUUCCAUGGAAAAAGGAUAAAGAACGAUUCCUUCAGGAGUCUCAGGAGAGCAAGAAACAAUUUGAGGUUCUUCACAAUAAACUCAGCGCUCAAGAGUCUCUGAUCCGACAGUACGAGAGUAAGCUCGAGGUGUGCGAUGAAGAGAAAGCUACCUUAGAGUCGGACAUCCUCAUGCUGAAGUCUCAGACGGAUGCCAUGAAACAGAGCUCCAAGAAAGCAUCCACCUCAUUGGAAAAGGCAAAGGAGGAUACCAGCAAGUUGAGAAAAGAGAUGAGUCAAGUCCGGAAGUCCAAAGCCGCUGUGAACAUGAAGUUUGAAAGAGCUAAGACAAAGAUGAAAGAACUGUGCAAUCUCCUGACCCGUCACGGCGUCAGGGCCCCAAGGAUGAAAGGAUUCGGCUCAUCCGACAAAGAGGCAGAAGAAGAAGAGGAGUACAUGGAGGAGACGGAUUCAAGCGACCAAGAUGAGGAUGGAGGUGGCAGAGUUACCAUGGUGACGAAGGAGAGGACCCCGAGAGAUGCGGUCAAACCCGUUACCGUGCCAACGUAUCGUCCUCAUCAGUCUGGUGUCCAGUCUCAGCCUUCAAGUGCUCCUCCAAGUAGGAGACCUUUUCCUAAGAUGGAUUUCACCUCCGUGGCCUGUCUCUCACCUCUCCCACCCUCACCACCGAAUACUCGAGUGGAAAAAUCGAAUAGCUCUGACAAUAAUGAGAGCGAUACUACGCUGGCAGAGGCUGCAGCCAAAAUCGAGGCCCAGCUGUCCACUCCGGUACUUCUGAGACACCGAACUGAACAAUCUGAUAAGGAGCAAAGUAGACCAUCAACCAGAGUCUCCUCGAGACGAAAAGCUCCUGGAAGAGUAGAAACAAAGAGUACAGGUGCAACAGAGGAUCCUGAGAGUAAUGCAGAUGGAGCAGGAUCUCGAAGGGGUCUUCGAUUUUUGAGGAAGUCGUCUGAAAGUAGUGAAGGAUCUCGUAAGCCUUCUACCGGAACAUGUUCCAGGGAGUCGAAUAAACUUGAGCAGGAAAAUUCAGCGGAUGGCAUGUCUGAGAAGAAGAGACCACGAGGAAGGCCUAGAAAAGUCAAGGAUGUGUGCAAAGAGAAGCAUACCGAUGUGGAUAGUGAUGAUAGGGAAGACCUUGCGCAGAGACUGCAGGGGAGAGUUCAGACCCUGUCAUCCUCUGACGAGGAGGUGGAGAGGAAAGAAGAUGCAGGAGGAAAGUGUAGAAGGGAGCGCAAUGGGGUGUCGGCCGUACGCACCCGCUCAAAGACCAAAGGACAGGUUGCGAGUGGGCAAAGUGUGUCAGAAGAUUGCAAUGUCUUGCCCUUGGUAUUGUCCAGUGAUGAAUCCAAGCGUUCGAUGUACAACCCUGGGGGCAGUGCUGCUAGCGAUGGAAGUGAAACGGCAAGCAUUGUUGGGAGAAAGAAAAGGCUGACUAUGAAACGACAGACCCUGAGAAAAUCAAGUGCACUGAGCGAUAGCAGCGAAAGUGAAGAUGAUCGCCGAAAAGUCAAUGGAACACACCCAAGCCAAGAUAUGGUUGAACCAUCUGCAGGUACUCGUCAUCAGUCAAGGAAGCCCGAAGCAUCGCUGAUUGAAGGUGUUGCUGGAAAGCGGCUUUCAGAUGAAUCCAAUAAAUCUAAUAAACUGACAUCAGACAGCGAGGCAGAUUCUUUAACCAACGCUAGGAGGACAUCAAGAAGGUUGGCACAUCGACAGAGGAAUGUCAAAACACAGGCCUCCAGUGAAAACACUGGCAACAAAACAGAACACUCCAAAGAUAUGACUGAAAUACAAAGCAAAGUAGCUACAAACGAUAGAGAAAGAGUAUCUGAUAAUGAUAAACAGUCUUUAGAAAAUCCUCAAAGAUUGCUAGCCAAAAAGAGAGUGACUAGACAUUUGAAUAGGAAGCUUUUGAGAUCAAUGAGUAGUCCACCAAGAACGAGCUGUUCCAGACGAGGAUCUGAAGAUGAUAAGUCUGGUGGAGAUAGACCUUCGCAAUAUCAAAGGAAGCCUGGAAGAAGUGUUUCUAAGGAUGAGAACUCCAUUUUGUGUAAAUCGUCAAAAGAAGAUGGUAUGCCAUCCAAGUUAGGACAAGAGAGUGUUGGCGAAGACACAUCGUCUCAAGGAAGGACACUUCUUAGAAACUUGUCUUCACCGGCUCGUCUGACAAGAUCAGCAUCACGUAACUUUGAUUCAUCUGAAUCUUGUUUGCCCUUCACAGGGAAGACAAGUUCAGAACAGGAAGACCAGUCUUCAGUAAAAGUAGAUCGUUACUCACCUUCAAAAGAUGAAAAAUCCUCAAGACUCACCAAAGCUGCUGCAAAUCCAACGAGAAGAUUAUCGCAGAAACGAACUCAUAGUGAUUCUCAAAGCUCUGAGGAUGAGAAAGGGGUUAAGAUCUCAAAAUCGAUGGACACAGGAGCAGUGGAGAGUGGAAAUGGUGACAAGGUAGGGGAGGAUAAUGAGGAAUUACCUGUGCGAAAUGAAGGGAAAGUCUUAAUGCGGUCGGAGACUGAAGAGUUUGUUGCAUGCAUGGACGAUGUUCCUUGCAUGGAUGGAGAAGAACAAAUUGAGACUGGGAAACAGACAGGAGAGAGCUUGACAGCAGAAAAAGACCAGACCAUUCCAAGUGAUGUGAAAGACACAAAGAAAAGAAAACUUCCCAGCAGACAAAGUAAAAGAAUCAAACUUUCUUCUGUGGAUACGAUUGAAAAGAAAGGAGAGAGCUCAUCAUGUAUGGAAGGUGUGUUUGAUGAUGCAGGAGAUGAAAACUCAGCAAUUGAUGCCAACAGAAAGUUAAGGAAUCACGAACAUUUGGACAGACCAAGCACUAGCAGAGGAUUAGAAUCAUCGGUGGAAGGUGCUCAUGUAGAAGCGCUCAGAGCACAGCCUCCGAUUCUAGUUCCUCAGCAUCGGGAACGACAUGCAUCCAUUGCAUCACUGCCUUCCUCAGGGAGGAACAGCCCUGUGUCGCCUCUUCAAGAACCCUUUCAAGGAUUUGACGCUCGGCCGAUAUCUCCCAUGUCUCCUGAAAGGCCUGUCGAGAGGGUGUCUCCUAUCAUGCCUACAUUCUUCUUCGAUUUGCCAGCUUUCCCUAGAAUGCUAUCACCUUUGCCACCAAGUCCGCCACGAUACCAUCCAGCAGAAGUCACUGUUGAUGUAACCGAAGGGGACAUGCAAGAAGUGAUGUCCGAGGAGAAUCCUGAGGCGCAAGCUCAGCCAAGGAUGAUAUCUCCGCUCUUCCCGACACCCGUCCCUUUCGCUGUCUCGCCCAUACCUGAGAUGUCCGUUCCACCUGCUAUUUCUCCUAUAGCCGAUGUCCAACAUCCCCCUGAGAUUUCACCUAUUGCAGAUGUCCAACCACCUGUGCUGGGUGUCCAAACAAUCCAGACUGUUUCUCCAGGAAAGAGUCCCCAACUGCCUUCUCCUAGGAUUUUCCAUUCUGUAGCACCAUCGGACGCCAUCACAGUGCGACCUCAGCAUAGUAGUCCGAGCUAUAACCAGGACAAAACCACUGCCAUCCGAAGCCUCAACGCUGUCCUGGACAGAGAUGACAACAAAGGGGAUCACCGAAGUAGCUUUUCAAAGAAACUGAUAGCCAGAAGGUCCAGUGCUGAAGAACCUGGUAAGAAACCUGGAGAUACCAGCCAGAAUAAUCCACCAUCUCAUUCUGAGGCGAGGAACGAAACGCGAGCCAUCAACAGCGGAAAUCUUGUUCUAAACUAUACCCAAAGAAUCUGUGCCAAACCUGAACCCACCAACCAACCUCACAAUUCAACUCGGGAGCAAAAGACAAAUGACGGUUUAGAGAAAGAAAGCCAAAGUGUGACCUUGCCCCGAAACUGCACAAAUAAUCUAGGAGAACUGCAUGGAAAGAACGAUGUGGUGCAUCCACCCCUGUUACAGAAUAAGAGUGGCUUUAGCGAAUACCUGCGGAGGACGGAUGGACAUGAAGACGCAACGGCUUUUAGCAGGGUCAUCCCUCACCGGGAGGAGAACAGAUCCUCCGGUAGUGGAACCUCCUCCAUGCAGCCCCCCAAGACUGAAGAAACAAAGAUCCCUCGUGAUGAACGUGCCGAUGAGAAGACACGCCUUGUACCGGACAGGAGAACCCAAGGAAAACCCAACGAAGGAAGAAAUGUGCCUGAUGCUACAGAACCUGUAGUUCCUGAUAAACCCAUCUCUAAGCUACCAAGCAAGACAACUGUCGGGAACAUAUGGGGACAAAUGGCCUUUCAUGACCGAGGAGAAAGAGCGAAUCGAAGUCGAAAGAAGAAGCAAACCAAGGGGACUUCGGUAAAUUCUCAGUCCAAGGAGUCUGAAAAUGGUGCUAAUCCCCAGUUUAAGGUUCCUUGUGAGCCUCCUAUACCUGCCACUCAUGUGUUGGUCCAGCAUUCGGUCCAGGUUCCAAGUAAGGACCAAGUCCCGAGAAACAGAGGACUGGUCUACCCAGGGUUUGUUCCGGCUUCCAGACCAAAGCCACAGGUCCCAGCACCACCCCAGGAAGCCCUCCAUAGCCUUGUACCGAAUGUAGCCCAACCUGGACCAGGACCUGUAAACCAGGUCCAGGAUUUGGACAAGACUACACCCUGCACAACACAAGCUGAAUCCUCAAAUUCAAAGGGGAUCCUAAACCAGACUCGAACUUGUUCUCAAGAUGGGGUCCCAAGCAAGGCCCAGGCCAAGACUGCAUUUAAAAGACCAAGCCAGUCCAGGCUCUUGUCUGGUCCAGUGACGCCAGACCAAAUUAAGGCCCUGAAGAAGCUUCAUCUUCAUGAUGUACUUCGUCUGAUACGAGAACACAGCCCAAAGGAAUCAGUCUUCCCUAUUGGAGAGUGCAUCAUUGAGUUCUUGGGGCAGAACAGUGUGAACCUCUUCCCAGCGAUCUAUGCCAAGUGCAUUGUGGGUAACACGUCAACGCAGCCCGUGAUCUCCCCUCAUGAAGAGCAGAUUUCAAAGACCGUCUACUUGUGGACCAGAGAAAAGAAAAGAAAAAAUGUGAUGCAUUAUUUGAUGAGCGAACUUGGGCAAAGACUAGCUAGUCAGGAAGGCGUGGACCUCAGUCGAACUCUGACCUUCAGCCGACUGUUUGCCGCCAUCUGCAGAGAUUCAGAUUGGAUGGUUCGAGCCAGGGUCAUGUGUUAUGAUAUCCUCAGGGAAAGUCUACCCAAUGGCUAUCAUCUUCUACUUGCCAUGGCUGCUGUUUGGCCGAGCAUUCUGAGAAAGAAGGAUGGUGGUAUUCACCCCCUCAUUUCUACAAUGGAAAUCUUGUUCAUGCACCAACUUCAGACUGACGCCAAGAGCACUAAUGCCUUCACGAGAGAAACUGCAGAGAAGAUUAUUAAGUGUUUUACCCAUCUGUGCCAUUGGAAUCCCAUGGCCUCGGAGUCAAAGGGAGAUUCUCAUGCUCAUUGGCUGAUAGGCCUGCUAAAGGAUCCUGAAAUAGCAACGUUCCAACAAAAUAAAACACAGAUCGUUCUGGGAAACAAGUGCUUUGAAACGAUUAAGGCUGUCGAGCUUCUAGCCUCUUCUCAAGGCUGGGAAUGGACUAAUAAUAAGCUCAUCAUCGGACAGCUUUGGCCCAUUUUAAAAGACUGGAGCAAGAGUCUAACCAAGGGCACUGCUGAGAAGAAAGAGGAUGGAACUCCUGGGGAUGGAAGUCUAGCAGGACAAUCAAGCACCUCGUUGGCUACUGCUUGUGCAGUGAUGAAGGUUAUUGGCAACGUUGGACAGAUUGGGCUUGUACUGAAUGUUCAGUCCGUUGAGCAGCUCAUGAAAAUGCUAAUAGCAGUAUUACAGCAACCAUCUCAAAGCAUUCCAUGGCCCAUGCAGCUCUACACUGCUCAAUCAAUCUACGACCUGUCGCCUAGCAACCAGGGAGUGGCCUCCCAAGUGCUUCGCCAGUGGGUCGCCAAGGCCGUCAAUGCUGUCCCAGAGAAACUGGCAGAAGGGAUCAACAACCUCUGCAGAAAACUGGAGAGCCCGGACGAAAGCAAUCAACCAGAGGUUGUCAAAGAUAAAGUUUAUGAAGAGACUAAAUGAUUAUUUUUGCAUGUCAUAUGGAAAGUAAAAGGUAUAACUGAACAAUGAUAAAAAGGUUAAACAUUUGAUGUUAGGCGGUAAACAGAGUUCAAGCUAUGAGCAGUUCGGAAAUGGUACUUAUUGACCAAUUGUGAGGUAUGUAUAUUCACAAUGUAGCGAUGCAUCGUACGUUUGGAGCCAGAAGGCUGUUUAACACAGAUUUAACGCUCUUCAAAGUGACGAUGUGCAACAUUUUUGAUUUAGUUUAAGGUUGGGACUUUAGAAAUACCUAAUAGUAUAUUAUUAUCAGAUCCGUCCCAAGCAUUGUAUUUUGCUUUUUUUGUUAAUAAGAACUAUGCUUAAGUGAUUAGCCUUUGAUAUCUAUAAGAUUAUAGUGUUUUAUUCAUUUCUAAUAUAGAUGCCAGAUAACUAACUUUAUCCCAUUGAAAUUGGGAUGUAAUGGAAUAAAGAUUAUUUUACUUGUUGAUCCAGAAUAAGCAAUAUUGGUCUUGCACCCAGAUGUGAAUUAUAGUUAUAAAUUAUAUCACUAAAAACCUAUGGGUGAUUAUACAGUCAAACCUGUCUAUAGCGACCGCCCAAGGGAAACACAAAAAGUGGUCUUUGUAGACAGGUUCCUUUAGCACAUGUUUCAAUGAGAAACCAUUUUCAAGGGAAACAAAAAAUGUGGUCUUUGUAGACAGGUGUUCACUAAAGCAGGUUUGACAGCUUUAGUCAUGAAGUACCAGUAUUCUGUAGAAAAAAUGAUAAUAUGGUACAGAGAAAUGGGCUUUUUUUUAUAGUGGCCAUCUGUAUAGAAAGAUCACUUGUCUAUAAAGACCACAUAAUACUGAUGUCGCUACCCUAGGUAAAUAAGACCAUUUCGUCUGUUUGGAGCCAGAUGGUCGUAAUUUUGU